UCCCUCUCUUCCUCCAUGCCCAUCCCUCUCUCUGUCCCUCUCUUCCUCCAUGCCCAUCCCUCUCUCUGUCCCUCUCUUCCUCCAUGCCCAUCCCUCUGUCUGUGCUCCCCCUCUCUACUCUCCUCCCUCUCAGGCUCGGCUGCGUUGCCGGGCAACAUGGCGUACUUUGGGAGUGCCCAGGAUGAUGUGGAUCUGGAGGAUGAAGAUGAUGAAGAGGAGGAGUGUGACGACAGGAUGUCAGCUCACAGCCACAACUCAACUUCCUGUCCGUCUUCACAGCGGAAAAACAAAACAACGCCGGGGAAGAAGGUCUCCAAUGGACAUGUGUUGAAUGGCCACAGCAGGUCCUUACGGGGGAAGGAGCUCUUCCUGAGGCCCAGAGGGAGAGAGGCUAUCCAUGCCAGAGAGAGGGCUGAGAGGGGAGAGGCCCGGCGGGAGAACCACAGGACCUCUACAGGACCCCCAGCCAGGACCUCCAGCACCACCCACAGUCUUCGCCACAGCAGGCCCAACAAGGAGCACCCAAAGCAGGUUUCAACAGUGAACAGGCUGUCGCGGGUAUCGUCAGCUACCGUACGCAACUCCUGUGCCAAAAAGCCCCCGGCCUCCCGACCACUGCUGUCCAGAACUGUGAAGUCCGGAGCCACAGCGCUUCCCAGGGGCCACGUCCGCUACACCAAAGCCAGACUUCUCAAAGAGGCCAAACUCACCGUGGGCAAAAGAGCCUCCUCCAAAGCUCGCCAACCCCUGAAGAACCAACGGCGCUCUGCCAGUGGCAGUGCCCGCCGCCACCCACGCCCACCACACUCCAACUCAGGAAAACUCUCAAGUGGCGAUGCAAAGACUCCCAACAAACAGAAGGUACAAUCCAACAAGGCAGCCGGCAGGUGUUGCCUACAACGAGCCAACGGGAAGCUUCACCCACGCCGAUGUGGCGGUAAGCAGGUCCUGCAGGGGCGUGAGGGCGUCAGACACUCCAAGAGACGUCUGGGGCUCCCGGCUGAGGAGAGUCCAACAGAGACACUGGAGUCUUCGCCAGAGGUCAAAAAGGUUAGACUGCAGGUUAAUGCCCCAGAGACGCGAAGCAGCAGGAAGGUCAAUGUCCAGGAGAAGGCUGUGGCGGGGUCCGGCGGCCAUCUUGGUAAGGUCACGUCAUCCCGACCUUCCUCGUCGGAGCAAAGACCCAAACGAGCCUCCGCUGGCAAGCUGAUGUUGACCCGACAAGCACAGCCCAUACCCCCUACUGCUAAUACUACUACUACUGCUAAUACUACACCACCAGCUAAGAACACUACUUCUAAGAAAACUUUCCAGGGCACUUCCAAGAACACUUCCACCUCCACUUCCACUAGCUCAGCAGCCAAGGUGAAACCAGGCACCAGCAGCCCAGCUAAACCAGCAGCAGAGCCUAAAGCAGCAGAGAGGCAGCGGGAGAGUGGGGAGAAGAGAGGUGCAGCACCGCCCCCUCCCCCUCCCCUAACCGAGGUGCCAGUGUUCAGGCCCAGUCUGGAGGAGUUCCACGACCCCCUGGUGUAUGUGGAAGCGGUGCGCGGGCAGGCAGAGAGCUAUGGGCUGUGCAGGGUGGCUCCUCCUCAGGACUGGAGGCCAGAGUGCAAGCUGAAAGAGGACAUGAGGUUUGUGACCCAGGUGCAGCACAUCCAUAAGCUGGGUCGGCGCUGGGGGCCCAAUGUACUCCGGCUGGCCUGCAUCAGGAAACACCUCCAGGCCCAGGGCAUCUCCAUGGAGGACCCCCCGCUCAUAGGCGGAUGUGAGUUGGACCUGGCCCGGUUCUUUCAGCUCAUCAACGACAUGGGCGGCAUGCAGCAGGUCAGCGACAUGAAGAAAUGGAAUAAGCUAGCCGACCAGCUCCGUAUCCCCAAGACUGCACAGGAUCGUCUGGCCAAGCUGCAGGAGGCCUAUUGUCAGUACCUACUGUCCUACGACUCCCUGGACCCCGCUGAGCGCAUCCGCCUGGAGAGGGAGGUGCUGGAGGAGAAGGGGAAGCUGGAGAAGAAGCGAGGGCCCCUGGAGGGCCACUCAGAUUACUCCCAACAGAGCCUGCUCCAGCUGCCCCGCUGUGAGCCCAAGAACGGCCUGGUAAACGGGGUGAUCCGGAGGAACGGCCUGCCCAGGAACCUGGAGGAAGGAGCGAAAGAGGGGAAGAAACAGGAGAAGGACAUGUGGCUGAGGUCCAGCAGGAGGAGACUGUUCUCUCAGGAGAAGAAAGGAGGAAGAGGAGGAGCAGAGGAGGAGAAAGAGUUUCUUAGCGACCAGCACAAGUGUAUAUACAGGGGGAAGUCGGUUUCUCUCACUACGUUCUACAGGACAGCCAGGAAUACUAUGAACAUGUGUUUCAAUAAGGAGCCUGGGACGGCUGAGGUGGAGCAGGAGUACUGGAACAUCGUGGAGCAGAGGGAAUGUCAUGUUGCCGUGCACUGUGGGAAAGUGGACACUAAAACUCAUGGGAGUGGCUUCCCAGUUGGAAAGUCUGAGACCUUUUCAAAACAUGGAUGGAACCUUACAAUCCUUCCCAAUAAUUCAGGAUCCAUCCUACGCCAUCUUGGUGCUGUGCCAGGAGUGACCAUUCCUUGGCUGAACAUCGGCAUGGUCUUCUCUACCUCAUGCUGGUCGCGAGACCAUCACCGCCUUCCAUACAUUGAUUACUUACACACUGGUGCUGAUUGCAUUUGGUACUGUAUUCCUGCUGAGGAGAAGGUGAAGCUGGACAAGGUGGUUCACACACUACUGCAGGCUAAUGGAACCCCAGGACUGGAGAUGUUGGAGAACAACAUCAUGAUCUCUCCGGAGGUGCUGUGUCGAGCGGGGAUCAAAGUGCACCGGACCGUCCAGCAGAGUGGCCAGUUCGUCGUCUGUUUCCCGGCGGCGUUCGUCUCCAAGGUGUGCUGCGGCUACAGCGUCUCCGAGACAGUGCACUUCGCCACCCCCCAGUGGCUGAACACGGGAUACCAGGCUGCCAAGGAGCUGAAAUGUCGACGCAUAGAGAGGUCCUUCUCCAUGGAGAAGUUGCUGUACCAGAUCGCAAUGUCAGAAUCCAAACGGGAGAAUGGUGUCAUUCUGAGUACCAUGACCUCACUUCUCAAAGACCUCAGGGAUACAGAGUUGAGACAACGCAGGGAUCUGUUUGACGCCGGGCUGCGGUCUGUUGCCCGCUACUGUAGCCAUGACAACCAGGCCUCGUCAGAGAGCAGGAGGAUCCAGCGCCAGUGGCUGAGGCUCGACCCCUCAGACCGACGCUGCCAAGUGUGCCAACACCUCUGCUACCUCUCCAUGGUGGUUCAGGAGAGUGAGAACGUGGUGUUCUGUCUGGAGUGUGUCCUGCUGUACGUACAGAAACACAAGUCCUGCCGAGGCCUCAAAAUGAUGUACCGUUACGACGAGGACCAAAUCAACCAUCUGGUGAGCAGGGUGUGUGGGAGAGUGCUGGAGAAGAGUGGCGCUGAGAAGAGGAGAGGGACGAGAGGACUUCAGGGCCCCGGUGAGGCGUCCACCCUGGCCAAACGCAGCGCCCGAAACAGAACCUCCAUCACUGUGUCCCUCACCCGCCUCCCCUCCUCCACCCUGCCCAAGACCGCCCUCAGCUCUAAAUAACUCACAUCAUGGGCCGCGUUCCAUUACUUCACAUCCUUCCUUCCUGGGUUCUUUGAGGUAAACACAGAUUUACAAGUGGUUAGGUUACUACCACCCAAUUACGGUCACCGAUCCAACCGAUUCACACCUGUGAUUACUUCAAAGGAAGGAAGGAAGGACUUGUGAAGUGUUCCAACAGGACCAGUGCUUCACUACGGUACAUUUCUCUCUGCUCAGUGUAGAGAAUGUGCUCCUUAAACCACGGCUUUUGCACUAGAGUAAAAAAAAAACAUGUUUUUAAGAGGCAUUAAUGGCUGGAUUCAGUUCCGUAAAAAUGUUAGCGUGGAUCUUCAUCGAUAUGGAUUGAAACCCAGCCCUUCGUCAAUACUGUAUAUUGUAUCUAGAUAUCACAAUAUCCUCCUAGCUACACCUACUGUU